GCAUGAGUCUUUGAGAUCCACACAUUUUAUGUUGAUUUGAUUUCUCAGUGGACAAUUAAUUUAAUCAGUUUUAAUUAGUCUGUUUAAUUUGUGUUCUAGAUUAAAUAGAUUAACUUGCGGCCAGUCGAUCAUCAUGGUUUGAGUUGUCCAAGUUAUCAGUAUUUUCUCCUGCUUAUCAACGUUGAUUGAUUUGGGUAUUGAAAGUUUUCUUGUGUUUGGAACCUGUUGCUCUUCCCGGAUACUUUUUUUGCCUCAGCGGAUUUUGUGUGUUCUCUUUUUCUCUCCAACAUCAGCUUAGCAGCAUUUUUGUGAUAAAACAAACCUUGCAUCUCUUAUUUUUUACAUUUUGCUUUCUCUCUUUGUCUCUAUCUUGUUGCUUUUCUCCUUGGCAACUUGUUACUUUGUGAUUAUUUGUUUCUUUGAAUAUUGACUCAUAUAUAUCCAUAUAUAUAUUUACACAAACAAGCAAAUUCACAAAUAAGAUCAUUUUUGAUUUUAUUGUUUUCCACAUUUAUAUUUAACUCUCACAUAAAAGAAGAUGACGGACGCGGGCUUCUUUCGUGGUACUUCAGCUGAGCAGGACAACCGGUUCUCCGAUAAGCAGAAGAAAUUGUUAAAGCAACUUAAAUUCUCUGAAAAUCUUAAUCAAAAGGUUGAUCUUAGUAAAGUUAAUUUGGAUGCCUUAAAGCCAUGGAUUUCAAAGCGUUUGGAGGAAAUUUUAAAUAUGGAUGAUGAUGUAGUGGUUGAUUUUGUAAUUAACCAACUAACCGAAAACAAUUGUCCCGAUGGAAGGAUUUUACAAAUUAACUUAACCGGUUUUUUGAAUGGAAAAAUGGCGCGUGAGUUUAUGGGUGAACUUUGGGAUCAUCUAUUGGAAGCUCAAGCAUCGCCCGAUGGUAUUCCUCCUAAAUUAGCUGUCGCAAAAAAAUUAGAAUCCAACAAGAAAUCAACCUCACCCAGUAAAGUUGAGGAAAUUAUUAAAAAAAUAGCACCACCAGUUGCCGAUAAUAGCCCAGCUAGUCAUCGAUCUGGUCCAACUAAAUCAAGAUCACCUUCACCAUCGACAAAUAAAUCAUCUAAAAGUCCAAGAAAGGAUGAUAUUGAACCAAAUGAGUCAGUUACGCAAAGUAAGCGACAGUAUAGAACUCGGGAAGAUGGAGAAAAAAAUGGUUCUCCCGAUGUGUCUGAGAAAAUUCGAGAGACACGUAAACGUGGAACUUCAUCUGAUAGUAAUUAUUCCGAUAAAUCCCGACGCUCAGGAUCCAAGUCACCGUCACGAUCAAGGUCCCGAUCAAAGUCUAAAUCAAGAUCCAAGUCAGGUUCUCGAUCAGGUGUACAAAGUAAGAGUCGCUCUAGGUCAGGUUCUCGAUCAGCUUCUAGGACACCUGCUAGACGUCGGAGGUCACCAAGUCCUAGAAGACGUCGUCAUAGUCGGUCAGUGUCACCACGUAGAAGAAGAAGUCGCUCAUUCUCUCCUAGAAGAAGACGUAGUCCAAGGCGAUUUAGAUCACCACCGAGACGACCUUUUUACCGUAGAUCACCGAGAGGGCGUUUCUCACCUCGUCGCUGGUCACCUAGACGAAAAUAUCGUUCACCAUCUCCCAGAUCUCGUCGAUCUCGUUCCAGAGGUAGAAGAUCAAUUUCUCCUCGUCGACGAUCACCUUCACCUUACCGACGCAGAUCACCAAGCCCUCGCUCUAGACGACGAUCUCCUUCGCCAAGAAGAUCACCACCUUCUAGACAAAGAAGACCAUCUCCCUCACCUCGAAAUCGACGUCGGUCACCUUCACAUACCCAUUCAAGAUCAUCUCGAUCACAUUCUCGUUCUCCCGUUAAAUCGAGAUCAACUUCGCCAUCAGGGAAACAGCGCUCUAAAUCCCCUGUUAAGCUUAACUCAUCUUCGCCUAAAAGCCGAUCAAUUAGCCCAACAGAUAAUCGACAAACAUCCUCUGCGCGUAAACCAAGUAAUUUUGAACCACCUGUUAAAGAUAAUAUCGAUCAACAAUCAGGAAAUUCUGGAAGAUCGAGAAGAUCGGUCACCCCAGAACCCAAAAACGAUCGCGACAAAGGUGCUACUGCCUCAAAAUCUAAACUCCAAUCACCGAGUGUAAACCUGCCUUAUCAUGCCACAAGUGGAGGUGACACUAAUAGUGAGCAUGAUGAUUCAAGUCCAAAGAAACUGGCUAAGCGGAGAUCAUCUAGUGAAUCUCCUACACCAUCAAUCCGUAAAAAGCGAAAAAAUAGCUCGAGUGAAGAUGAUUCAACACCUCCGCGAAAACGAAAAGAUAGAUCAGUUUCGGUGGAACGAGAGAAAAAGAAGAAGAAAAAGAAACGUAAAGUUAGCAGUAGUGAUAAUAGUGAUGCCUCUGAUUAUGACAAGAAAAAGAAAAAGAAACACAAGAAACACCAUAAAAAACACAAGAAACACAAGAAACAUAAACGAAGUUCCCGAAAGAAAGCCUCAUCAUCUGACUCUGAAGACGAAGAAAUUAGCAGUAAAUUGAAAACUGGAGAGAUGGAGAAAAAAUUGAGAGAGAAAGCUCUUAAAUCAAUGAAAGAAAAGGAUGGAAAAUAGACAAUUAAAAGAACAAAUUAUCAAUUGAAUUAAUUAAAAAGCAAAACUGGAUCUGGAAUCUUGGAACUGCAUAAAUUUUUCAAAAGGAUCAACUAUUCAACAACAACCCAAUCAACAAAGAUUAAUAAUCAUGUGAAAAUUACAGACCCAAAAAGAGAAACUACAAAAUCAUGAAGCAAAAAAAAAGUUGGCUAAUUCAGUAGUUGAUUGUACGAUUAACUAACUUUCUACAAUUGUUAACAAUUAACUAUGGUUAACUAUCCAUCAGCAUCAAUAUCAUCAUCAUAAUCACAAUUUUUCAUCUCUUCCUCUUGUUUUUUUUUCAACAAAAAGAUUCUGCAACUUUCGGAAGCUGAUAAACCACCACAAUAAAUCCCAAUGGAGACUUAAAACAAAUGCCAGAGAAAAUGAGCAAAAUUCUGAAGAAAGGAGAGUAACACCAAAACAUUCAACAGGCAUGAUAACCAUGUUAACACCUCUGAGUGUAUAUCUGAACUUUUAAAUUGUAAGUUCAGUAAAACUGGUUAAAUUUAAUUUCUGAUUUUUCAUCAAUACAUUUAACAUAUGAGCUUUUCAAGCUUAAUCGUUUUUUGUCAACAAAAACUAAUCAUUUAAUUAAUGUAAUUUGCAUAGACCAAAACUCUUCUUGUCUCCCUUUCCCCUCUCUCCUUAUCUCCACUUUUUAGUGCGACUUAAUCCUAAUCUCUUCUUCUCCCACUUAAUCUCUCCCUCUCUAACUCUCUAUGAAUUAUCAGAUCUCUCCCUCUCUCUCUCUCUCUCUCUCUCUCUCUCUCUCUCACUUUUCUCCUAUUCUCUAUUGUAAUAACAUUAUUAUUCAACCAAGCAUUAAAUUUUAAGUCUUCAGACUCCUAAUUAAAUCACAAUUCAAUUUCCUUCUCACAACAAUCAAUAAAGAAAAGAAAACUAGAUAAAAAUGAAAGAAAUUCUAUUUACCAUCAUUUUCUCCUUCCUGUCCCCUCUUUCUCUCUUCAUAUUUUCUCCUUCGAUUGAUUGAUGACAGAAAAAAAGACAAACCAAUUUAUGGAAAGAAUAAAAAUUCUAAAUCAAGUAAACACGCGAUUAAAUAUUGACCUUUUUCGAUGAUAACUUUUAAUCGAUAAAAAGGAAAAUCGAAACUCGAACACGCAGACUUUCCAUUGAUCAGACGAUCUUCACGUGUAUUUGGUUAAUCUGAAUCAACAAUCAAUCGGUGAGAAUGAUUUAGGUUAAUAGAAUUGAUUAAAUUCUAGUUGAUCUUUACAAGAGACUCUUUUACUUGGACUACUUUUAUUCAAUCUCUAUUUUCAUGUUCCUCUUUUCACCAAAUUGAU